GCUGUGCAAGCAGAUGUUGCCUCUCUGAUGCCAGCUCCUCGCCGUUUUCGCAUUUCGCGGGGAGAACGUGUUCUUUACGCGCAAAGGCUGCGAAGUGGCGAGAAACUGCCUCUCGAUCCAGGGCUCGGUGACCGGGGGAGAGUUUGAGGGACGGAUACCGGCUCUGGGAAGAACACGAAAGAGAACAGCUACAACCCAGUGACACCGGUGAAGGCAGAGGAGCCAGCACUUUAUCCCACCACACCUGUGAUGCGUGGUUCUGAGCUGCGAGGACGCGGGAGCGCGGGAUACUGAUGGCCACGCUACGGCACCGGGAUAUGUGUUGAGGAAAAAGACUUGGGCGGUGUGAUUAUUUUUUUUUGUGUUUUAUAUUUUGUUGAGAAAAGGCGUCUUACUGCCUCAGAGGACACUAUCCGGACCGGAGAGCAGCUCGGCGUGCCCGCGGUUCUCCUCGUGCCUGUUUAGAAACUUAGGUGGUGAGAGAAGAGGAACCACCAGCCGCACGAAGAUGCCCUUACUCCCGGGCCCCUUUGUCCGCUGCAGCUCCAGCGCCACGCUCCUCCGUGCGCUCUGCCUCGUCUUGGCUGGCUUCACCUGCACUGGUUCCGAGCACACGGCCACGGCGACGCUCCCCGGCGCCUUCUCGGACCUGUUACCUCACUUCCUGGUGGAGCCGGAGGACGAGUUCAUCGUGAAGAACAAGCCGGUGACGCUGACCUGCCGCUCCACGCCGGCCACGCAGAUCUACUUCAAGUGCAACGGCGAGUGGGUCCACCAGGACGACCAUUUGAUCGAGCGGUCGGUUGACCCGGCCACAGCGCUGCCAGUCAUGCAGGUGACAAUUGACAUCACCAGGCAGCAGGUGGAGAAGAUCUUCGGUCUGGACGAGUACUGGUGUCAGUGUGUCGCCUGGAGCACCACCGGGACACAGAAGAGCCAAAAAGCCUACAUCCGGAUCGCUUACCUGAGAAAGAACUUUGAGGAGGAGCCGCAGGGUAAAGAGGUGGUGAUGGACCAGGAGGUGUUGCUGCGCUGCCAUCCCCCCGAGGGAGUGCCACAAGCCGAGGUGGAGUGGCAGCGAAACGAGGAUCUGAUCGAGCCGGCGAGCGACCCCAAUUUUUUCAUCGCGGCUGACCACAAUCUCCUCAUCAGAAAAGCCCGGCUGGCCGACACGGGCAACUACACGUGUGUGGCCAAGAACAUCGUGGCUCGCCGAAAAAGCACCUCAGCCACGGUCCUGGUCUACGUCAACGGCGGCUGGUCCACGUGGACCACCUGGUCGUCCUGCAGUGCUGUGUGCGGGCGUGGCUGGCAGAAGAGGAGUCGGAGCUGCACCAACCCCACGCCACUGAACGGAGGCACAUCCUGUGAGGGGCAGAACGUCCAGAAAAGUGCCUGCGUGGCCACCUGUCCAGUGGAUGGCGGCUGGAGCGAGUGGAGCAAGUGGUCAGCGUGCGGCGCCGACUGUUCGAUGUGGAGGAGCAGGGAGUGCUCCCAGCCCUCACCUGGCACCGGGGGCAAAGACUGCCAGGGGCUGGACCUCCAGUCUCUCAACUGCACCAGCGAGCAGUGCCCACAGACUGUGAGUGGUGCCGAGGACGUGGCGCUCUACGUCGGCAUGGUGGCGGUGGCCCUGUGUCUCACGCUGCUGCUCAUCGUGGUCGUCCUGGUGUACCGCCGCAAGAAAGAAGGCCUGGACGCCGAUGUGGCGGACUCCUCGAUCCUCACCACUGGCUUCCAGCCCAUGGGCAUCAAGCCCAGCAAGCCAGGUGUGUGGGCACCGCGGCCACGCAGGCCCCCUCCCCACAGCAAGAAUUCCCACUUGCUCACCAUCCAUCCCGAUCUCACCACCACCACCACCAGUUACCAAGGCACCCUGCGCUCUCGCCACGACACCGCCGGGAAGUUCUCCAUGACCAACGGGCCUCUGCUGGACCCGCUCCCCAACGGCUCACACACACUGCACAAUGGCAAGCUUAACUCGGACCCUUCAGAGUUUGUGAGCCGGCUGUCGACCCAGAGCUACUUCAAAACGCUGACUCGCGACGUGGCCAACACCUCCUAUGGGACCUUCAACUUCCUGGGAGGGAGGCUGACGAUCCCCAACACAGGAAUCAGUCUGCUCAUUCCUCCCGAGGCCAUCCCCAGAGGGAAGAUCUAUGAGAUUUAUCUCACUGUUCAGAGGAAAGAAGAUUUAAGGUUACCCCUGGCAGGCUGCCAGACCCUGCUUAGCCCCGUUGUGAGUUGUGGCCCUCCGGGGGUGGUCCUGAGCCGGCCGGUUAUCCUCAGCAUGGACCACUGCUCUGACGCAUGCCUCGAUAACUGGGCCGUCCGCCUCAAGAAGCAGAACUACGAGGGCGCUUGGGAGGAUGUCUUGCUCAUGGGGGAGGAGCUGGUGUCGGAGCCCUAUUACUGCCAGCUUGAAGCCGAGACAUGCCGGCUGUUCUCCGAGCAGCUGGGCACCUUCGCCUUGGUUGGGGAGUCCCUGCACAUGGGUGCUGCCAAGCGCCUGAGGCUGGUGCUCUUCUCCGACGCGUACUGCUCAACGCUGGAGUACAACAUCAGGGUGUACUGCAUGGACGACACGCAGGACGUCUUCAAGGAGGUGAUGCAGAUGGAACGGCAGCUCGGGGGUCGGCUGAUUGACGAGCCUCACGUCCUCCUCUUCAAAGACAGCUACCACAACCUGCGCUUGUCCAUCCACGACAUGCCCCAGGCGCACUGGAGGAGCAAGCUGCUAGCCGGCUACCAGGAGAUCCCGUUCUACCACAUCUGGAACGGCUCCCAGCGGUACCUGCACUGCACGUUCACUCUGGAGCGGCUCAGCCUCGGCACCUGCGCGCUCACCUGCCAGCUGUGUGUGUGGCAGGUGGAGGGGGAGGGGCAGAGCUUUAGCCUGGACUUCAACAUCGCCAAGGACACCCGAGCUUUGGACUCUGAGUUCCUGUUGAUGGACAGUAACGCCACGGCUCUGGCAGGGCCCAGUGCCUUCCAGAUCCCGUACCUCAUCAGGCAGAAGAUCUGCAGCAGCCUGGAUGCCCCCUGUCCCAACGGAGCUGACUGGAGAAUGCUAGCACAAAGACUUAAACUUGAGAGACACAUGAGUUUCUUUGCAUCCAAAGCGAGCCCAACCUCGAUGAUCCUGGACCUGUGGGAGGCGCAACAUUUCCACAGCGGCAACAUCAACCAGCUGGCCGCGGUCAUGGCUGACAUUGGCAAACAGGAGGCCAUGAUAUUCCUGGUCUCUGAUGGCGAGUGCUAACCCAGAAAACGGAGAAAGACUGGUGCAGAGAGGGGGAAAAAAAGUACACAACACGACAACAACGACACAAAAACCCCAUCCCAUCCCCCCCAACGAUUACCACAGCAGGAAUGGAAGAACGGAAUGGAGUCCCAGUGUCCCUCGUCUUCACUUUAGAAGAUAGGGAAUGUGAGUGUGACAGGUCGAGUCCCCAUUUCCCUCCGAACGGAGCAGAAGUCCUUAACUGACCAAAUGAGGGGAAAGGUAGAGCGCAAGUGCUCUGGGAAAUGUAUUCAUGAGCUCAGAAAAUAAAUACUCUUUAUUUUUCCAUCAAAGUUCCAUGUAAAAUUAGUACCAACCCUGCUUCUACUUUCAAGAUCACUUUGAAUUAACUUCAUGCCUUUUCACACAAACGAGCCGUUUAAGGCUAUCGAGGAGCAAUAUGCAAACAUAAUGCUAUGACUCAUGUCCGGCACAACGCAAAUUCAGCCAAUCAUUUCUGAAGUAAGGUUAAUACAAAGGGAUGUGACAAAAGAAAGGUGCCAUUCAUUCCAGGUUCAAGAGGCGACGUAUGCAAUCGGCAGGUUCGUCCCAUGACGUCAUCACACGCUGAACGCAUUCGCAACGAGGUCAUCAGGGUCUGUGAACGUCUCCUCCUGACCACUCUCACACACACACACACUGACACUGUACAGAAGGACAGCUCCUAUGUGUGGUUUUUUUAACACACACAAACACACUCACACACACAUAGGCGGCCUGUAGCACAUCCUGGACUUGCAGGUUUAAAAGAGAUUGUACGUCAAAGCCCCAAAACCUGUCUCAUCUUGUUUGUGUGUGUUCUUGUUUUUUAGUUUUUUUUGUUCUUAGUCCAGCCGGUAUCACUACUGUGAAUAUAACAUCUUGACAUCUUGAUUUAGCGAGACGCUUCGCAGCCCUCCUGCUUCUAAAUCGAUAUAUGUGGGGUUCGGGUUCUUUUGAACUUUUUUUAGAGGGAAGAGUGAGAAAUACCUUCACUAAAGUCAUAUUUCAGAAGCCAUCUCUAUUUACAGCCUGGGAUUCUUGAUCCGUCCAUUCUCGUUUCGAGUCUUUCCCAAGCCUUUUGUUUUUCUCUCAGAUUCCACAGCUAAUGAAGGAGCCAUAGGGCCACAAGGUGUUCCAGCUGCAUGUGCAGACACAUGCAUGUAUAUUAUCUGGGCACUGAUUGUCCUGAAAACUCAUUUGCAAAAUGACAUUUUCCCCUUGAUUACAUUCCUUCCGAGAUGUUAGACAUAAAAACUUGGCCACGAGGGUUAUUAUCCCACAUGAAUAAUGCAGAGCACUUUCCCACAGAAGAGCUGCCAGCGAAUUCUUCAAAAAUCGUCACCAGAUUACUCGUGUGGAAAGGCUGAUUGUGCAGCUUUGUUUUGAUAAGUCAUAAAGCAAGUCCCUAUUUGCUGUGUGGCAAAUAGUAUCAGAGAAAUGUCUCUCCGAGAAAGUGAAGAGUGGCUUAUUCGCACUGUCACGCCUCUGCUCACAAAAGAUUUGCUUUGAACGUGAGUUUCUUUUUUAUUGUCAUUUAUAGCCAGUGUGGCAACAAAAAAAACAAAGAUUCAGUUUAGUCUCACAUCAAACCAUGAACCGCAACUGCACAUUAGAUUAUUUUUCUACGUUUUGCUUCUUUGUGUCGAUGUACAGUGUUUGGUUAAUGGAUCUGUCAAGCCAGGCAACUUGCAUACAGUAUAUCUUUGAGCUCCACUGGUUCAGUAAUUACACGUUGAAAGGAAAAAAAAAAAAAAAAAAAAAAAAAAGGCAUCAGCAAUCCCAAACUAGCCAUAGUCUCUCCGUCUGCCUCAGGGUCGCAUGUGAAGUUGUGUGUUCAAAGUUGUAGAGGGAGCCCCCCCCCCCCCCCUCAUUAAAUCCCCUCUUAUCGCUCCUCAGCUAGCACCGCUCAUCCCACCAGCUCCUGCGGCUUCAAUCUUUAACACUGACCUGGAGCCACUUUUAUGAUUGUCAGAUAUUUGGAAUGUACAUUUCUGUUUCCCCUUUAACGGAGCGCGUCUGUUUUUCCACUUCUAGAAGUUCCCCCCCCGUUUUGUUUUUAUACGACAUCUCGGCACCUGCACAAUCCUCAACCUUCUCUUUUUAACCACAUCAAACACGCCUCCUCUCGACCUGCGACACUUUUUACAAAUCGCUGCAUUGUUUUUUUCGAUGUAGAGCUACCAUCCACCCUUUUCUUUUUCUUAUUUCUAUUACCAAACCUUUGAAUCAAGCCCCUUUCAGAUCGAAUUGUGAUACCACCUUAAUAAAUGACUCUUUUCAUGUUGAAAUGGAUCAUCGUCGCGUGUGAUAUGUAAAUACUUUUUCUAUACCAGCCCUGUGCUGUCACUUUGCAUAAUGUAUAUCAGCAGAAUUGGUAACCAAAGUUUUCUGAGUAUCGUUUGAGGCCACUACAUCCUCGCGUUGUAUCCAUUCAGAUAUCGUUUCAGCGUCGUCUUACCUGCCGCUAGUAGAGAACAAGUCCGAGUUGCUGUCUCUUCUGAAACUAGUCACUAUGGAGUCAUUGCUUUGAUCUACUCUCCUCGCUUUUGUCUUGAGGCAAACUUAAUGCUGUCUGUUCCGAGCGGUGAUGUGUGUCCGUUUAUUUGACCACUUUGUAAAGAAAUGUAAAUUAUAUUUUAAUAUAAAGCCAAAAAAAAGACACUUAACUGGCGCAGCAUUUGUCAAGUCUAAACCGUGACGUGUUUGCCUAUAUACUGUUCUUUGGCGAUCUAGCAGUGAAGAAGUUUUGCAGUGUUAAGGGUUUUAGAGACUGUUGUCCAGGAGUUUCUAUACACGUUCUGUUCGUGCUUACAUUGCCUUGGUCUAUUUCUAUGGUUUCUCUAAGUGUGAGCAUUUGCAGAUGAGGUGGAGACGAGACUUAACGCCCGGUGGUGGCUGCGUGGACGGAGAGAGAAUCGGUUUCUCGGACACCGACGGGCCGGUGUUGACGCAGCAUGUUAAGAUGAGCCACGGCAGUUUUACAGUCUGUGGGUGAAAUGUUAUCGCCCCUGUACUCGGCUUGGAUGUGUUGUCUAAGCACAUUUCCAGUAAUGUAGUUCACCAGCCACCGGGAUGUUUUGCAUCUAUCGCCGCAUCUGAGUUGUCCGA